AGAUUGAGAAGCUGGACUACCAUCAUUACCUGCCUCUGUUUUUUGAUGGUCUUUGUGAGAUGACGUUUCCCUAUGAGUUUUUUGCUCGGCAAGGAAUCCACGACAUGCUGGAACAUGGAGGGAACAAGAUUCUACCUGUCAUUCCGCAGCUCAUUAUCCCGAUAAAAAAUGCCUUGAACCUCCGAAACAGACAGGUCAUCUGUGUCACGCUCAAAGUUCUCCAGCAUCUGGUUGUGUCCGCUGAGAUGGUGGGUGAAGCUUUGGUGCCCUACUACCGCCAGAUCCUGCCAAUCCUGAACAUCUUUAAGAACAUGAACGUGAACUCCGGGGAUGGCAUCGACUACAGCCAGCAGAAGAGGGAGAACAUUGGUGACCUGAUCCAGGAGACCCUGGAAGCCUUCGAGCGCUAUGGAGGGGAGGACGCCUUCAUCAACAUCAAAUACAUGGUGCCCACCUAUGAGUCGUGCUUGCUGAACUGACCAGGCAACUGCAAGAGGGAGCCUCCCUCGGUAUCACAACCAUCUGUCCCCAAUGCCCUAGCAUCUCAUUAUUUGUGACUUCUACAGCUCUCUUUCUACAGCUGCAAACAUAGUAGUUUCUGGGCCAAAAGACUGUUAGCCCCAUUGAGAGCAAGGCUUUCCGAUACAUAAAUAGUGCCUGUUUCUUAGAUUACAAUAGUGUACUGUGCUUAUUUUUUUUUCCAUGAAGAGAAUUGCUUCUUUAUCCAGCUCAGAUGGAGGCAGGAGUUCGAGUUAAACCUUCAGUUGUAUAGACAAUAAAACUAUAAUUCUCAUAUGCAAUUCA